AUGCAUCCACCCAGGAUGGAUAACAGUGACGACUUCAUUGAGAUUUCGCACGUUCCAGAUCUUGUUGACGUUACCCCGUCGCAGAUGCUCAUGCAAACGCCAAUUACCAUCGAAUGCGGAACGGACCUCGCGACUAAGCUCAUCUUUCAUCAAGAGAUCAUAUGCUGCAACAGCAAGCAACUCAGCAAUCGAUUCGAAAAGGCGAAGCCCCUCAUGGCUAACUACAAGAAGGCUGACGAGUUGCGAAACGACUUGGCCAGAUAUGUAUUUCCUGAAGUCGACCCGAAGGAGUUCGAAGAUAAGAAGAUGGAUAGACAGGCUAUACCAUUGAUCAAGACAGCAUCCGAGAACUACCCUCUGAUCGGAUAUGCCAGUCUUGUCAAGAAAACCAUCAUGGACGCAGUAGCGAGCGAGAUGAUCGCCAAGACCAACAGAAAGACGGCACAAAAUCCUGCAGCCGAUUUGAGUCUGGCAGGCCGUUUGGAUCUCCUCAAGCCCCACGCCGUGCACACUGUAGCCGCGAAGCUCUUUACCUACGUCCAUCGCAUCAACAAGGCCGAGAUCCGCAAGGCUGAGGAGGACAUCAUGAAGGCUACCGCUCAGCACCGCAUCAUACUUCCGGGUGUUGACGAGUCAACAGUUCGAGCGCUCAUGCAGUGGAUCUACCAAGGUCCGCAGCCGUUCGAAGGGUCGGAACAGACCUACGCCGUCAUGAAACUCGCCGAGAGGCUCGGUGUUGAUGUGCUUGCCACCAAGUGUUGCGACGCGUUGUUCAAAGCCACUAACGCGAGUAUCGAGUGCGCCGACGCCGACGGUACCUCUUUCCAGACGCUCAUAGGAUAUGGCACGAAACCCGCCGCUGACGACAUUGUGAGAGUUGUUUUCGAGCACGCUAUGAAGGACGGGAACGCGCCUGAGAAGCUCAAGACCCUCGUUAUCGACGCCCUUGCCGGGUAUCUGGAUCCAGAACUAUGGCAGCACGUUAAGGGACGGAUCAGCCACAAAACAGCACUCCAGAUAAUAGAGGCCAUGGUUGAAAUGCGACCACUUGUCAAAACCGAGAUGGACGGGCAAGACAGCAUCAAAUCCGAGAGCCAGGAAACCUCCAGCGCGACCGUUCCAGAGAGCAUGGAAGUCGACGAGGACAAGAAGCCCAUCCACGUCAAAGAGCAGAAGCGAAACCACCUCUGA